AUGCUGCUCAGCUUCGCACCGUUCCGCGCGCUAGCGACGUCCCUGCUCGGCCUCGGCUCUCCCUCGACCGUGCAGGUCGUCGGCGACGCGUACCUCGACAUCAUCGCCAAAAUCGACGAGCUCCCGCAGUGGGACGGAGACACGGCGAUCCGGAGCCCGAUCGAGACCGUUGCGGGCGGCUCCGCACUCAACACGGCGGUGCAGCUCUCGGCUCUCUGCCGCACUCGCCGGCAGCGCGACCAGCCGCGGCCGUUCCGCCGCUGCGUGCUCCACUCCCGGGUGGGGUCCGAUCUCUACGGCGAGCGCCACCAGCCCAAGACCACCCGCACCAGCCACCUCCACUUCUCGGCUUACUACGACUGCUCCGGGUUGCAGCCGGCGGUGCCUCGGCUGAUGGCGCGAGCCAAGGCGGAGCGCGGUGCGACCGUCUCGAUUGUGCCUCAGACGGACGCGACAGGCGAGUGGGCAGAUUGUGGGAGAUUCGUGGGAGGCGGGUCCGAGCCUCUCAGCGCCACGUCUGUCAACGCGUGCAUGAGGCGCAACGAGGGGGUGCAGCGCGCGCGCGAGGUGCGAACGCCGCGCACCGCCGCCGCCGGCGCGAGCGCAGAGGCGGAGGGGGAGGCCUUCUUCUCGGAGGAGAACCUGUCGGACGGCAGAGUGUGCGCCGAGGCGGACGAGGACGAGGACGAGGACGAGGACGAGGACGAGGACGAGAGCGUCUUCGAUGUGGGGUCUUGACAUGUUGCGGGUGUGGAGCCACACUCGUUGUGGUGCGUGUGGGGGCGCUCGAGUGUGGGCAGCGCGGUAGACGCACUCUCCAGUCACGCGCGCGCGCCAGCACACAUUUAGAUACUCCCUUCAGC